AUGGAGCCGCACCAGCCGACUCGUUCCCCUGCCGAGAAUCGCUCCUUCCGUGUUGAGUUCCGGAGCGCGUUGAACGGGGAUCUACUGUCUGAGCUUCAGCAGGAAGGACCAUGUCGCGUGGGCGACCUCCAGUGUCAUCUGGCCGCCAAGUUCUGCGAUAACGUUCGCCCCACCUUGCUGUUCGAGGGCUCUCCCCUACCUUCAACGGAUGUCCUUCAGGAGGAUGUUUCUUUGGCCGUGAUUCGUCGCACUUUGUCAGAAGCGGCCGCCUCUGGGUUGCAGGCUGCUCGCACGGCAGUUUCUAACGUCAAGCGCACUCAGCUGCAAGACCUCAAGUCUAUAAUCAAGCCAGCUGAGAUGCUGCUGGACGUGAUGGCUGCUAUUCUGUGCCUGCUCGGUCACAGAGAGCACUCGUGGAAUUCGAUCAGGAAGCUGUUAGGAGGACGUGAACUGUUGUCAAGGCUUGUCGCCCUCGAGCCCAACCAUGUAAGCUUCGAGAGCCAGCGUGAGGUUCAGCAGAUUGUGGCGCAACAUGCCAACAGCUUUAGGCACGAGGUCAUCGUAAAGUACGCCACAGCUCUCGCGCCCUUUGCUUUCUUGGUGAGGGCUUUCCUAGAGUGCUGGGAAGCCUGA